CCAGAGUUGAGUAGGGGGUGGGCUGGGGGUUCGGGGCAUCUGUUUGCCCCGACCCUAGAGAUAUCCCGACCCUAGAGAUUCAGGAGCGGGAGACAGUGCGCGUGUUUAUCAGUAAAACAGUAAAAUGACUUAAUAGAUGAUCUGUAAGUUACUUUCUGCCACCAGAUUUCUAUCAGUUUAAGUUAAGGAAAUUGGGGAAGGGACAGGGGACUCAUCUCUUUCCCAUAGUUAAUUGGGUAUGAGAAAAACACAUCCACAAACCUCUUAGGCCUAGAACCGGUAUCUUCCCUCAAAUUCUUUUGCCCAGCAUCUACUUCAGAUCCGAAGAGGAAUGAGGAAUUAGGAAUGAGGGGGUCUAUAUGGGGCUUUCUAGAGAAUCACAGUUCAUCUGUCCCAUGGGUUCCUGAGCCCAGCCCAGGGAUAACCCUGAUGAGCCUCCUCACCCUACUGGGUUUGUGCAUGUGUUGGGGAGGUGGGCUGCAGAAGCUUUUCUUUUUAUAGUGCUUAGUGCAAUAGGUAUGUAUGGGGGGGGGGGGUCCUAGCAGUGGCAGAUGGACUCCUAGCUCUCUCCCCCUCCUUCCCAGAGAAUGGUGUGUACCCAUUGGAAGGGGGGGGAGGGUUGUGGGAGAGCAGAUGGCCACCCCCAGCUUCUAGUGUCUGCCCAGAUGGCUGCCCCCACCCCCACAAUCGUGCCAUGACUAGGAUAUGGGGAAAUCUCCACAUGUACCUGGGGCCUCCAGGCCUGGGAAGCCUGGUGUUUACAGUACCUCCUUCCAAGAGUGCCCCAGUGAAAUUUUCUAUCCUGGCCAGCUCAAACAAAGAUGAAUCCUAUUCCAUUGCUGGCAGUGACGGGAGUAUCUCAGUUUCGGCUGCCUCGGGUCUGGCAGCCCCCUCUGGCCCCAACUCUGGCCUCAGCUCUGGUCCAUGCUCUCCGGGCCCCCCAGGGCCAGUCAGUGGCCUGAGAAGAUGGUUGGAUCAUUCCAAACAUUGUCUCAGUGUGGAAAAUGAGGCAGAUGGUGGCCAGGCGGGGCCAUGUGAGAACUGGAUACCAGAGCCAGCUCUGGCUACAGGAGAGGAGCUCCCAGAACUAACUAUGCUGACCACAUUGUUAGAGGGCCCUGGAGAUAAAGCACAGCCACUCGAGGAGGAGGCUUCGUCCCAAGCCCCCAAAAGUGAGGAGGAACAGAAGAAAGCUGCUCUGGAAAGGAGUAUGUAUGUCCUGAGUGAACUGGUAGAGACAGAGAAAAUGUACGUGGACGACUUGGGGCAGAUUGUGGAGGGAUACAUGGCCACCAUGGCUGCCCAGGGAGUCCCCGAGAGUCUUCGAGGCCGUGACAGGAUUGUGUUUGGGAACAUCCAGCAAAUCUACGAGUGGCACCGAGAUUAUUUCCUGCAGGAGCUACAGCGGUGUUUGAAGGAUCCUGAUUGGCUGGCUCAGCUGUUCAUCAAACACGAGCGCCGGCUGCAUAUGUAUGUGGUGUACUGUCAGAAUAAGCCCAAGUCAGAGCACGUGGUGUCAGAGUUUGGGGACAACUACUUUGAGGAACUCCGGCAGCAGCUGGGGCACCGCCUGCAGCUCAAUGAUCUCCUCAUCAAACCCGUGCAGCGGAUCAUGAAAUACCAGCUGCUGCUCAAGGAUUUUCUCAAGUAUUACAGCAAAGCUGGGAUGGAUACUGAAGAGCUGGAGCGAGCUGUGGAGGUCAUGUGCUUCGUGCCCAGACGCUGCAAUGACAUGAUGACCCUGGGGAGACUGCGGGGGUUUGAGGGCAAACUGACUGCUCAGGGGAAGCUGUUGGGUCAGGACACAUUCUGGGUCACGGAGCCUGAGGCUGGGGGACUGCUCGCUUCCCGGAGCCGAGAGAGGCGUGUCUUCCUCUUUGAGCAAAUUGUCAUCUUCAGCGAGGCCCUGGGAGGGGGAGUGCGAGGUGGAACACAGCCAGGAUAUGUGUACAAGAGCAGCAUCAAGGUGAGCUGCCUGGGACUGGAGGGGAACCUCCAGGAUGACCCUUGCCGCUUUGCCCUGACCUCCAGAGGGCCGGAGGGUGGGAUCCAGCGCUAUGUCCUGCAGUCCACAGACCCUGCAGUCAGCCAGGUCUGGGUCAAGCAAGUGGCCCAGAUCCUGGAAAGCCAGCGGGAUUUCCUCAAUGCAUUGCAGUCACCCAUUGAGUACCAGAGACGGGAGAGCCAGACCAACAGUUUGGGGCGGCCAGGAGGGCCUGGGGUGGGGAGCCCUGGGAGAACUCGGCCUGGAGACCGGGCCCAUGUCAGGACACACCCCCCCAUCAAUGGCUCUCUCCCCUCCCUGCUGCUGAUGCCUGAAGGGGAAGUGUCCAGAGCCCCCCUGCCCCUGGACUCACAGGUCCUCAGUGACAUCCCCCAGCCUCCUCGUGACUCUCCUGCAGUCCUUCCGACUCCAUACAGCCCUCCCUGCCAGGCCAGACUUGCCAAGCUGGAUGAAGAUGAGCUGUAGCUGGUGAAGGCCAUGGGGGUGGUGCUGACUCAGCCCCUCUGCUCCCCAAGGAGCUUCAGAGCAGUCUUUCUGGCACCAGCCCAGAAUCCCUCCCCUCUCGGUGUCUGGAGGGUGGUCAAGGCUGGAGUGGUGUCUACUUGGAGGAGGGUACCCAGACCCCAAAAGACUUCUUUUUGCUCAAGGAACACAAGCUCCCACCCCUAUGCAUGCAUCACAAGUCCCCCCACAAGGAGGAUAUG